CAGCAGCGGCGGGGGAUUUCCUGGGCGGAAGCGGCGGAGGCGGAGGGGGUUUCCACUGGUGACCCGAGCUCCGUACCUCGCCGCUGUACCCCUGACGCUGCUGCCCAAGCCCUGUAGCGUCCGCUCCCCCAGCCAGGCUGUUCCCCGACACAGGACGCAAGACGAGGAAGCCUCGUCGGAGGACCAUGAGGAGGCCGGCGGCGGCUGCUCGGGGCUUUGAGUCCCGCAGAAAGGCGCCGAGGAGCGGUUGAGCUGAUUCAUAGGGAUUUAUCGAGGUAAAAGCAAUCAAUCUUGUGUCCAUCGUCAACUGAUAAACAGGUCAUGUCAGCUGGACGCAGCGUUGACGGGAGGGAGGUGCAGGUUCCCCUCCAGCAGGUGGCGUCCUCCCUCGUCCCGCCCCUGUCUGCGGCCCCUCCCAGCAGCACCCAAACAAGCCGUCCGGCCAAUCCCUGGCCUCCGAGCGACUCCUCGCAAGGCGCAGCAGCGGGCUUCUUGCCGUUGGAGGGCGGCUUCACAGAUCGCUUUGUGGACGUCCCCGAGGAGAAAUACCGCUGCGAGUCGUGCCGGCUGGUCUUGUGUCAGCCUAGGCAGACUGAGUGCGGACACCGAUUCUGUCAAAGCUGCAUUGCGCACAUACUCAGCCGUCCCAACCCUGUGUGUCCGGCCGACAUGGAACCACUGUUCAGCAACAAGAUCUUCCGAGACGUUUGCUGCCAUCGGGAAAUCCUGGCGCUGAAGGUGUUCUGUCGUGCUGAAAACCGUGGUUGUCAAGAGCAGAUGAGCUUGCAGCAGAUGCCGGAACACCUGAAUGUGUGCCCCUUCUUGGAGGUGCCGUGCCCGCUGGGCAAGUGCAAGGAACGCGUGAUGAGAAAGGACAUCCCCGAGCACUUGAGCUGGAAAUGCAAACACAGAGAGACCACCUGCGAUUUUUGUCUAGCCAAGAUGCCACUCGCCGACUUGCAGAAACACAAGGAGUCUGUGUGUCCGGCCUACCCGGUAUCUUGUCCGAACCUUUGCUCCUUCUCAUCGCUCCCGCGGAGCGAGCUGGCCACUCACCAACACGAGUGUCCUAAAGCUCAGGUCAACUGCCCCUUCCAGCGCUACGGAUGCACCUACAAGGGAUUGAGCCCGGAGGUCCGGCAACACGAGGCGGCAUGCGCGGCCGAGCACUUGAGGAUGAUGAUGCUGAAGAACGUGACCUUGGAGGGCAAGGUAGAAGAAGUGAAGGGAGAGUUGUCUGACAAGUGCAAAGCGCUUCCGAUGGUCACGUCGCGUCUCUGCGAGGCGGAGAAACACAACACCGAGCUGAGGGACAAGCACAGACACGUGGAGCAGAAGGUGGUCUCCAUGCAGAAGCUUAUGAGUGCUCACUCCGAGAAGCUCCUGGAGGUGGAGCUGGAGCUCCGUUCUCUCGCGUCGCUUCGGGAUGAGCUGGACAAAGUCCGCGUGUCGCUGGAGGCCGUGCGUACCCGACUGUCUUCCUUGGAGCAAGGCGGGCGCUCCGGGACGGGAACGCUCACUCUCGCCGCGUUGGAGACUCAGCAGAACCGUCAGGGUGACAUGCUGAGCGUCCAUGACAUCCGUCUGGCCGACAUGGACCUGCGCUUCCAGGUCUUGGAGACAGCCAGCUACAACGGCACACUGAUCUGGAAGAUCCGCGACUACAAGCGACGGAAACAGGAAGCGGUGGCUGCCAAGACGCUGUCGCUCUACUCACAACCCUUUUACACCGGUUACUUCGGCUACAAGAUGUGCGCACGCGUCUACCUGAACGGGGACGGCAUGGGAAAGGGCACGCACCUGUCGCUCUUCUUUGUGGUCAUGCGCGGCGAAUACGACGCCCUCCUUCCGUGGCCUUUUAAACAGAAGGUGACCCUAAUGCUGAUGGAUCAAGGUCCGGCUCGCAAGCACCUGGGUGACGCCUUCAAGCCAGACCCGAACAGCAGCAGCUUCCGCCGUCCGGCUGCAGAGAUGAACAUUGCGUCCGGGUGUCCACUCUUCGUCUCCCAAAGUGUUUUGGAGUCGGCCAGCUACAUCAAGGACGACACCAUUUUCAUCAAGGUUACCGUGGAUACGUCAGACCUUCCUGACCCGUGAGCGUUCGCCUGCCAGACCCGGCCACACCUGCCCGGCGAUGGGAGAGGAGCCGCAGGCGUGUCUUCUCCUUCUUCUGACUGGCCGCGCCGAGGUUGGCCUCGCCGAAGGCGAAGUUGAGCAAGGCGUGCCGGGAAAUGGGUGCCGAAGAGCCACGAAAAGUGGACGACGUGACCCCCGCGCGGCGCGCGGUGUGGAUGUCUGACGCGCCGACGGCAAAAACAAAUAGGAAAGACUUGCAAAGUGUUGUUGCCGUGUCGGACAGGAAGAAAGGAAGUUCCCGACAAAGCUUUUUUUUCGCUUGUGUUUCAGUGUAGUGCAAUUGCCGUUUUUUGUAAGAGUAACGUUCAGAUGACUUUGCUGACUCUACCUCAUUUAUGUGGACUGCAGUAUUGGAAAGAAGCAGUCACGGAAACGUGACGAUCAAAUCGUGACUGUAUGGAAUUAAGUCAUAGGAAAAUGUCAUUAAAUGAUCGAAAUGUGGAAUUAAAAGUCACGGAAAUGUGGCCUUCUGAUCACUGAAUGGGAAUCAAGCCGUUCUGCAACCAUUCAAAAGUAUUAGUACUAACAUGUAUCUCGAUACAGUAUUGCAUUGCAAAAGUAUCCAUGCUCAUAAUUUUUGGGGUUAAAAUAGAUUUUGCACUACUCCUGAUAGCAGUGGAGGAUAUUGUUGCAUUUUCCUUGAUAACUCACUGGUUACCAUUGACAGCGCUAGACGUCCAAUGCAUUUGGACCAGAAGGGGCAAAAGAAAGGAAGUGUAUUGCUGCCACUCCAAAAUAGAAAAAGUCCAGUUUAAUGUUCUUGCAUGUUAAUUAUCAAGUUUUUACAUUAUACAAUAAUGUAAAAACGGGAUAAUUGUCAUGUACAAGCGUGAUAUUUAUGUAAAAAUGUGAUGCUAUUAUGUUAAAAUGUGAUAACCAUCAUGUUAAAACCUGAUAAUUAUGUAAAAACAUAAUUGUAAUGUAAAAAUGUGAUAACUAUCACGUAAAAACAUAACUAUCAUGUUAAAAUGCUAUCACGUAAAAAACUACCAUGUUAAAACGUGAUGACCAUCAUGUAAAAACUUAACAUGUUAAAACCUGAGAAUUAUGUAAAAGCAUAAAGUGUAAGAACAUUAUUCAUGUAAAAAUGUGAUAACAUGACUGUUAUCACAUUUUACCAUGAUAGUUAAAAUGUAAUAACGUUAAAAUGUGAUGACAUCAUGUAAAAACAUGAUAUGUAAAAGCGUGAUUCAUGUAAAAAUGUGAUAUCAUGUUAAGAUGUAAUAACUAUGGUAAAACGUGAUGACCAUUAUUUAAAAACAUGUUAAAACCUGAGAAUUAUGUAAAAGCAUAAAGUGUAAGAACAUUAUUCAUGUAAAAAUGUGAUAACAUGACUGUUAUCACAUUUUACCAUGAUAGUUAAAAUGUAAUAACGUUAAAAUGUGAUGACAUCAUGUAAAAACAUGAUAUGUAGAAGCGUGAUUCAUGUAAAAAUGUGAUAUCAUGUUAAGAUGUAAUAACUAUGGUAAAACGUGAUGACCAUUAUUUAAAAACAUGUUAAAACCUGAGAAUUAUGUAAAAGCACAAAGUGUAAAAACAAUUCAUGCAAAAAUGUGAUAACAUGACUUAUCACAUUUUACCAUGAUAGUUAAAAUGUAAUAACGUUAAAAUGUGAUGACAUCAUGUAAAAACAUGUAAAAACGUGAUUCAUGUAAAAAUGUGAUAACAAUCAUGUUAAAAUGUGAUGACUAUCAUGUUAAAACGACCCUAUCAUGUAAGAACGUAACUAUUCUGUUAAAACCUGAUAAUUAUGUAAAAACAUGUAAAAACGUGAUUCAUAUAAAAAUGUGAUGACAAUCAUGUUCAAAUGUAAUAACAUGUUGAAACGUGAUGACCAUCAUGUAAACACGUGAUAAUUGUCACUUAAAAACGUGAUGUAGUUAUCACGUGAAUAUGUGAUAAUUAUGUAAAAACGUGAUUCAUCUAAAAACACAAAUGAACGAACGUUUGAAAAAUUACAUUAAAAAACCAGCUAAAAAAUAGAUUAAAAAAGAUGAAUGUAGAAAGUUCAAAAUAUAUAUUUAAAAGGAAAAAAUGGAGGAAUUUUUCGGGUUUAUUAAUUUAUUUGCUCCUCCCAGUCCAAAUAAAUUGGACGUCUCACGCUGUCAAUGGCACGGAAACAUGAGCAUCCAUGUCCUUGUAUUUAGCCAAAUGGCUGCCCCUGCCAGCUGUGCGUGAGUAAUGUAUGUAAGACAGUUGAAAAUAGCAACACAUGAAAGCAACACCAUUCGCUCCAGCGUCAAUUUUAAUUAAAUUAUAUUGCUAACUUAUUGCACAACAGUGUUAAAAGUCCAAAUCACUAGAAUUCCAUAUCCUUACAUUUACACUGGAUAGUUUUAGGUUGCAGCGCUGCGUGAUGCAGUUAACACUUGGUAAGUAUGCAAACGUAUUUUUCCGAUAAUGACUUCAAUCACUGAUUGAGUUUCAUUGCCGAUCUCUCCCGGCUGUUGUUGAAAGUGUCUUGUCUCCGAUGUUUUCUUCGAUUCAUUUUGGAAAGAUCCUUGUCAAACACCUCGCCGGAGCGGAGCGCAGACACCAGGUCGUCAAAUUCGCCCCCGCCAUCUUCCGUGUUGAUUUGAGCCUUCUUUGCUUUCUGUUCCCUGUCCUUCUUCAUCUGGACGAAAAAAAAUGAAAAUUGCUUUUCAGUUUCAAGUCUUUCAUGAUUCCUAUAAAUGAUUUGUCUGUCAAAGGCAGGUAAACUAGGGCCGCUGUGAUUGAUUGACUCAUCGGUUAGCAAAUCAAUCGUUAUUUAAAAAUGAAUAUGAAUAAAUAAAUGUUGAAAUAAAGAAAAAAGAUAUUUAUUGGAAUAAGUAAAUAUUGAAAUAAAAUAUUUUUAUGACAUUAUUUAAUUUUGCAUUUACUCAUUACAUCUCAGUACACCUGAUUGU